AUGAAGACCAUUAUUCUGUUGGCGUUCUGUGCUCUGGCCGCUUCGGCCUAUGCUUUGGAGGAAGCUGACCGCGUCAAUGGCGAGAACGGCUGGUACGUUCCCCAGCUGGACGGCACCUUCGAGUGGGUGGACAUGGACGUCGCUGAGGAGUGGAUGGAGCAGCAGGAACUCUUGGAGUCUCGCGGCCUGACCACCGUGCCCGUCAAGUUCUACCUGUACACUUCUUCAAACCCCACCAAGGGCAAGAAGAUCACCGCCAGCACAAAGUCUAUUGAUGCCUCCCACUUCAACGCUGCCCACCCCACUCGCUUCGUCAUCCACGGCUGGACCCAGAGCUACACCGCUAGCAUGAACAAGGACAUCCGCGCCGCCUGGUUGAGCCACGGAGACUACAACGUGAUCGUCGUUGACUGGGCUCGCGCCCGUUCCGUUGACUACGCCACUUCCGUCAUGGCCGUCGCCGCCACCGGAAAGAAGGUAGCCAAAAUGAUCAACUUCUUGCACUCCGACCAUGGCAUGUCCCUGGACUCCCUGUACGUCAUUGGCCACAGUCUGGGCGCCCAUGUUGCUGGCUAUGCCGGUAAGAACACCGACGGCCAGGUGCACACCAUCAUCGGUCUGGACCCCGCACUUCCCCUCUUCAGCUACAACAAGCCCAACAAGCGUCUCUCUAGCGAUGAUGCCCACUAUGUGGAGUCCAUCCAGACCAACGGUGGUACUCUCGGCUUCCUGAAGCCCAUCGGCAAGGGUGCUUUCUACCCUAAUGGCGGCAAGACCCAGCCCGGCUGCCCCCUGGACGUCACUGGCGCCUGCUCCCACGGCCGCUCCACUACCUAUUACGCCGAGGCCGUCAGAGAGGACAACUUUGGAACCAUCAAGUGCCACGACUACGAGGCAGCCGUCGCCAAGGAUUGCGGCAGCACCUACAGCAGCGUCCGCAUGGGAGCCGACACCAAUGCCUACAUGGUUGCCGGUGACUUCUAUGUGCCCGUAAACAGCAAGGCCCCCUUCGGCAUGAUUCACUAAAUAAACAUGAAUACAACCUAAAAUCAAUCUGA